CUGAUUUUUUUCGAAUCGUCUGCCAUACCCGAAUCAAGCAUUCAACCUGGCAAUUCAUUGAAUUAAAACAACACUUCAUUUCCAGCUCACACAACCGCAACCAUGGGUAAGGAGAAGCUUCACAUCAACGUCGUCGUUAUCGGCCACGUCGAUUCCGGAAAGUCCACCACCACCGGUCACUUGAUCUACAAGUGCGGUGGAAUUGACAAGCGUACCAUCGAGAAGUUCGAGAAGGAAGCCGCCGAGUUGGGCAAGGGUUCUUUCAAGUACGCAUGGGUUCUUGACAAGCUAAAGGCCGAGCGUGAGCGUGGUAUCACCAUCGAUAUCGCUCUCUGGAAGUUCGAGACCCCCAAGUACUACGUCACCGUCAUUGACGCCCCUGGUCACCGUGAUUUCAUCAAGAACAUGAUUACUGGUACUUCCCAGGCUGAUUGCGCCAUUCUCAUCAUUGCCGCCGGUACUGGUGAGUUCGAGGCUGGUAUCUCCAAGGAUGGCCAGACCCGUGAGCACGCUCUGCUCGCCUACACCCUUGGUGUUAGGCAGAUCAUCGUUGCCAUCAACAAGAUGGACACCACCAAGUGGUCCGAGGCACGUUUCAAUGAGAUCAUCAAGGAGACCACCAACUUCAUCAAGAAGGUCGGAUACAACCCCAAGUCCAUUGCCUUCGUCCCUAUCUCAGGUUUCAACGGUGACAACAUGAUUGAUGUCUCCGCGAACUGCCCAUGGUACAAGGGUUGGGAGAAGGAGACCAAGGAGGGAAAGAAGUCCGGAAAGACUCUUCUUGAGGCCAUUGACGGCAUCGACCCCCCGUCCCGCCCAACUGACAAGCCCCUCCGCCUUCCUCUCCAGGAUGUCUACAAGAUUGGCGGUAUUGGCACGGUGCCAGUCGGCCGUGUCGAGACUGGUAUCAUCAAGUCCGGCAUGGUCGUCACCUUCGCCCCCGCUGGUGUCACCACCGAAGUCAAGUCCGUCGAGAUGCACCACGAGCAGCUUGUUGAGGGUGUCCCCGGUGACAACGUUGGCUUCAACGUCAAGAACGUUUCCGUCAAGGAGAUCCGUCGUGGUAACGUUGCUGGUGACUCCAAGAACGACCCCCCGAAGGCCGCCGAGUCCUUCAACGCCCAGGUCAUUGUCCUGAACCACCCUGGUCAGAUCGGUGCCGGUUACGCCCCAGUCUUGGAUUGCCACACCGCCCACAUUGCCUGCAAGUUCUCUGAGCUCCUCGAGAAGAUUGAUCGCCGUACCGGAAAGUCCAUGGAGGACUCCCCCAAGUUCGUCAAGUCUGGUGAUGCCGCUAUCGUCAAGAUGAUUCCUUCCAAGCCCAUGUGCGUGGAGGCCUUCACCGACUACCCUCCUCUUGGACGUUUUGCCGUCCGUGACAUGCGUCAGACCGUUGCCGUCGGUGUCAUCAAGUCCGUCGUUAAGUCAGACAAGGCGGGCAAGGUUACCAAGGCCGCUGUCAAGGCUACUGCCAAGAAAUAAAUUCUCAUUUGACUGGAAAACGGAAAUUAUGAUGAAUGAGAUGGGUUGCGUUAGCUGGUGGAAUAGCAUCGAGUUGUUUCUUUUUAGCUUAGAUACAAUGACUUGCUUUUCGUAACUUAUGUCUUCAACUGUGAUUACUGCCG